GUACGACGAGCUCCUCAAGUGGGCGGGGGCCACUCUUUCUGCUCAGGGAUUGGACAAAGACUCUGUCAAUCAAAUCCUGCUCCGGAUUUCUCAGCCGGUAGACAUGGAGGACGUGAGGAGGAGGGUUGGAGGAGGGGAGGGGGAGAAUGGGGAGGAGCCUGGAGCAGAGGGAGGAAUCUGUCCUCUCACAAAGAGGCCGAUUGCGGGGUCAGAGGUCGAGCAGGAGACCGAGAGAAGCUGCAGGUUCAGGAGUCCAGAACCCGACCCUGAGCCCAGCUCUGACUCCGACUCUGACCCUGGUUCAGUUCCUGACCCUUUGGUUCCAAGUCCAGGAUUUAUCCUCGUGUUGUCAGGCAGUGGGGAGUGUGAGGUGGUGAAGGAGGUCCGACGGUCUCCGCUGUCUCUCACAGAGUACCUGCAGCUCAGUCUGGAGGAGGCCUUCUUCCUGGUCUACAGUCUGGGCUGCCUGUCUGUCUACCUGCACCAGGAGCCCCUGUCAAUCCUCCAGCUGUGGCGGAAGUUCAGGUCCCUGCGGCCCAACUUCAUCAGCACCUACGCAGCCUAUCAGCACUUUCGAAGCAGGGGGUGGGUCCCUAAAGUGGGGGGCGGAGCCAAGUACGGCGUUGACCUCAUGUUGUACAGGAAAGGCCCGCCUUUCUACCACGCCAGUUAUUCUGUGGUGAUUGAGCGAGCCGAUGAUGAGUUCAGGGGCUCGGGGCCGCGUCCGUUUUCGUGGCGCUCUCUGGCCGCUCUCAGCAGAAUCACCUCCAACGUCUCCAAGGAGCUGAUGUUUUGUUACAUGAUCUAUCCAGCCGACCUAUCAGACGCUGAGCUGGAUUCACCUGCGUGUGUGAGCAGACUGAAGGUUCAGGAAGUGAUCGUCAGCAGGUGGGUUUCCUCCAAAGAGCGGGCGGAGCAGGACGACAUCUGACUGGAGAAUUCAUAAACUGAUGAUGUCACUGGGGGGGGGGGACGCACGCACAGUAAUGAUGUCAUACAGAGGCUGGUGACAUCAGACAACGGUCGAAGGUGGAUAAAAAUCUUUUUUCAUGGACAAAUCAGACAAAGAGGAUGACACACAGAGACUGGAUGUGAAAGCUCAGAUGUCUGAGGGUCCUUGAACGCAGCAGCUGGCUGGUUUCAGUUUCCCAGUGAGGUCAAAGUUCAGGUGAUUAAACUGUGAUGUUUACUUCUCACUUCCUGAAGCCGAGGAGGAGCUCCUUCAUGAUACACAGCCAAUAAAAGAGUCUCACACACACUCUGAA